UACCACCUGUGAUGCUGGUAUAAACACCAGUUACAAGCAUACCCAAAUCACUUCUCAGUGAGCAACCAGUACCACCAACAAAUGAGGGUCUUCGUUUGUCUUCUGUCUGCGCUUGCGCUCUGCCAAGCUUACGACUACAAGGAAGUCCUGCGCGAUUCGCUACUCUUCUACGAGGCACAACGAUCGGGAAAAUUGCCCGCCGAUCAGAAGGUCACGUGGAGGAAAGAUUCAGCCCUCAACGACAAAGGACAAAAUGGCGAGGACUUGACAGGGGGAUACUAUGACGCUGGCGACUUUGUGAAGUUCGGCUUCCCUAUGGCCUACACGAUUACCGUCCUGUCCUGGGGAGUUGUGGACCACGAAAUAGGAUACAAAGACGCAAAUGCUGUGGACGACGCUCGCAAAGCGAUUAAAUGGGGUACGGACUACUUUCUGAAGGCGCACGUGAGCCCGAACGAAUUCUAUGGUCAAGUGGGUCAGGGAGGCCCGGACCACGAAUACUGGGGACGUCCAGAGGACAUGAAGAUGGACAGACCUGCGUAUAAGAUCGACACUUCGCACCCAGGUUCGGACCUGGCCGCUGAAACUGCCGCUGCCCUCGCUGCAGCUUCCAUUGUGUUCAAGAGCAGUGACUCCACUUACGCCAACACCCUGCUCACCCACGCCAAGCAGCUUUUUGACUUCGCAAACAAUUAUCGCGGCAAAUAUAGUGAUUCUAUCACCGAUGCGAAGAGUUUCUAUGCGUCCGGUGAUUAUAAAGAUGAGCUGGUAUGGGGGGCCGUGUGGCUGUACAGGGCAACCAACGACAGCAGUUACCUGACCACUGCUGAACAGCAAUACAACGAAUUUGGCCUCCAGUAUUGGAACGUUCCUUUCACAUGGGAUGCGAAGUCAUCUGCAGUCGAGGUUGUCCUCGCUAAGGUUACAGGGAAACAGAAUUACAAAGACAGGGUGAAGUCAUAUUGCGACUCUCUCAUCAGUAAACAGAGGACACCCAGAGGCCUCACAUUCCUCGAUACAUGGGGGUCCCUGCGAAUGGUUGCGAAUGCGGCCUAUCUUUGCUUCCAGGCAGCGGAUCUGGGAAUCAGUGUUGAUACUUAUCGUCAGUAUGGCAAGAAGCAGAUUGAUUAUAUAUUGGGAGAUGCUGGCCGCAGCUACGUCGUUGGUUAUGGCAAUAAUCCACCCACUCACCCGCAUCACAGAUCCAGCUCGUGCCCCGAGGCACCGGCGGUAUGUGACUGGAACACGUACAACAGUGAGAGUCCCAACUACCACGUGCUCAUAGGUGCCUUGGUUGGUGGCCCAGACAACAACGACAACUACAAGGAUGAGCGCAGUAAUUACAUCUCCAAUGAGGUGGCCACUGAUUACAACGCUGCUUUCCAAUCAACUCUGGCCCAUCUAGUCGAACUGAAUCUGUAACCUGAUGUAACGUUUGUUAGUCCCCAUCACUGGAUGAAUGUACAGAACACAGUAGAAAUAAACAUGUAACAUUCAUAUGAAA